AUGAAUGAUUUUAUUUCGUCAGAGAUCGACGAAUGCUCCAGGUCACCGUGCAGGAAUGGUGGAGCGUGUGAGGAUGCCAUUGAUUCUUACACUUGUACAUGUAUCUCUGGCUAUACCGGAACAAAUUGCCAAAUAGAAAUUGAUGAAUGUGCCAGCGGACCGUGCUUGAAUGGUGGAACUUGCAUCGACAACGUGAACUCCUACAGUUGCGAGUGUGCUAGUGGAUACGCAGACAUUAUUUGUUCAACAGACAUUAACGAGUGUGCGAGCAGUCCUUGCCUUUUCGGCGGCAUUUGUCGGGAUCUGGAAUACGGUUUUGAGUGUGAUUGUCCGUCAGGACGAGAAGGUGUCCGAUGUGAACUUGACACGUAUGAGUGUGCAAGUAGACCCUGUGUGAAUGGAGGGUCUUGCACCGAUCUUUUCGACGCCUACAGCUGCAGAUGUCUGCCUGGGUACGAGGGUACUAAUUGCGAGUUGGACGUGGACGAGUGUAGCAGCUCCCCGUGUAUGAACGGUGGUAUCUGCUCUGAUGCUAUUGAUUACUUCUCGUGCCAGUGCGUCAGUGGAUUUGAAGGGGUUCGCUGUGAAACAAACAUCAACGAGUGUGCAAGUAACCCAUGCCAGAAUGGAGGGGCGUGUGUAGAUAGUGUGAACAGCUAUUCAUGUAACUGCGCUGAUGGAUGGACAGGGGCCAGGUGUGAUAUGUAUAUCGAUGAAUGUGAGAGCAACCCAUGCGUGAACGGCGACUGUGCAGUUGGAAUCCAGUCGUUUACUUGUUACUGUAACUCCGGAUGGACCGGGCAGAGAUGUGAUAUGGGUGAAUAUUGA